AUGGGUGAAAAGCGACCACCAAGUCCUGGCUUCAUCCCUAAUCCAUUCAUCAAAAGAAGAAAUCUCGAAUGGACUCUGGACUCACCAUCGCCCUCACAACCACCAACGACUGCUGACAUAGAAUCUGGAUCAGCCACUGUAGAGGAACAUCUCUCCCAUUUCAAAGCGCAUCUCUCUAAACAUAUAAUAAUCCCAUCGCCACUAUCAAUAUCAUCAUAUGCCUCACUAUAUACUGAAAAUUCUGGAAGCUCUGCAGGUGCUCAUUUCGUCAUUCAUCAGCAUGACCACCCAAUUGCUGGUACGCACUAUGACCUCCGUCUUCAGAUCAAUGAGACCAGCAGCGCCAGCUGGGCGAUCAUGUAUGGACUCCCAGGCGACCCUCAAAGUACACGGUUGAACCGUAACGCGACAGAGACGCGAAUUCACUGUCUAUGGAACCAUCUGAUAGAGACUGCCUCAGCCUCAACUGGCUCACUUCUCAUUUGGGAUACGGGAACAUAUAGCAUUCUCCCCCGUCAAAGCAAGCAUGCCCCAACGACUGAUCCGUCUUCUCCACCGUCUUCACCAACUCCAUCUCCCGCGCCAACACAGCAAGCUCUUCUGCACGCCGCUUUUCAGAACCGCAAGAUCCGUAUUCGCCUACACGGAUCACGCUUACCAGAUCCAUAUGUCCUGAAUCUUCGUUUGACCAGGUCAGAAGAUGUGGCCGGCAGAGUAAGGAGUGGAAGAACACCUCGGAAACGACGACGUCGUCACGCCGAGAUGGAUACGCAACCUGAGACGAGUGGUGGGGAUAGUGAGGGUGAUGCAAGUGAGGAUGUCCCUACAAACACUGAUGCGGGCAACACCACAGAAAACCUUUCUGCCAUGGAACGUGAGAUACGUGAGCUUGAAGAUGAAGAGGUCCGCAGAACAAAUGCAUACCCAGGGGCUUCCAACACCAUCGGUAGUGUACAUCAACGACGAUGGUAUCUUUCACUUGAUCGCCCGGCUUGCGGGUUUGUGGAAAAAAGAACCAAGGGCCAUUCAGUUUGGGAACUGGAAGAUGGUAUGGAGACCAAAGACAAACAGAGGGACAAUGGACGCUUGUCAUACCCAUUCUAUGUUCGUGGGGCAGAUCAUGAGCGUAGUGUAUUAACAGGACGGCGAGGAGCUGAUAUUCUCCAAGACGAGGGCGUGGAUAACUUUAUUCAACGGAAAGGUUGGAAGCCAGUGCUGAAUUGA